AUGUCCACACCACUGGCUUGGGCCGCAACACUCACGCUCAUGCUAAUCGCUGUUCUGGCACAGAGUCCUACACAAGCGACAACCGACAGCCGGAUGAGCGUAACGUCCUCAACCACAUCAGCUGCUCCACCUGCGAGCACCGCCUCCUCUACUUCGUCUGUUGCCACGCAAACUACCGCCUCCGAAGUCCGGGUCCAUGUGGUCAAAGCCGGUGCAGGCGGUUUUCACUUCGAACCCGCAGAACUGACCAAUGUGUCUGUUGGAGACAUCGUCACCUUCGAGUUCUACCCGCCAGAUCACUCUGUGGCUCGGGCCGAGUAUGGAAGCGCGUGCGUGCCUUACGAAUACACUGGAAGAGACAGGACGGGAUUCUGGUCAGAGACGCAGUGGGUCAAGACACCCAGCGAUAUUACCCAUUGGAAUCUCACGAUCAACAGCACAGAGCCGAUCUUCUACUACUGUGCUGCCCCUGAUUCGUGUAAAGGGAAGCAGAUGGUUGGCGUCAUCAAUCCAAACGCCACACAAACGCUCCAUGAACAGGUGCUGGCUGCAGCCAGGGCCGACUACCAACUAGCACCGGGCGAUCCUGUCCCUAAUGAAGCGCCUUCGACAGUCGCCUCUCCACCAGCGGCCAGCUCACCGGGAGACAUUGCAUCGGCCGAUCAGUCGUCCCCGGCGCUUUCCACAGCAGCCAUUGCCGGCAUCACGGUCGGUGUAAUCCUCUUCCUCGCGUUGUGCACGGGUCUUGUCUAUUUCUUCGCGCGCAAAGCUCGCACUGGGCGCCAAACAGCUGCUGGACUGCACACACAGACCGACCACAGGAACACACUGUCAGUCAACGUAGAACCUGUCGAACUCAGCGGAGGGAACGAGGAGAAAAGAAAUUGGUAG